GCGUGUUGUGCGUGUUGACGUCGAGAGCUCCAGCGAUUUCUCUUAUCCAGCACGCAGCAUUGUCCAUUGGCCUCUGCUACAACUCUUCAAAGGUCUCCAGCACCACUUCAUCCUCUCCACUCCACACACCGCUGGACAUUGUCGGUGCAAUGUCGUCGUUGGCAGCACGAAACUUGCUCCGAAGCUCGUCCAGAAGCAUAAGCCGGAGCACCAGCAGCAGCACUACAAAAGCUCCACUCGCUGCAGCAUCGAGGCUCUCCUUUGCUGCCUCCCAACGCACAGCUCCCAUCCGUCUGCAGAACACCGCCAGAGCAUUCUCUACCACCAUGUCCAAACACACAGAUCUCGGCCGCCCGGGCAAGGCACCCGAAUUUGACCCAGAAAUCAAGGACAUGGCAGACUACAUCCACAACUACAAGAUUGACUCGGAUUUGGCUAUCGACACUGCCCGCUUUGUCUUCCUCGAUACCAUCGGUUGCGGUCUCCGCGCUCUCGAAUUUCCCUCCUGCACAAAAUUGCUCGGCCCAGUCGUCGAGGGCACCACCGUCCCCAAUGGCACCCGCGUGCCCGGUACACCAUACGUCCUCGACCCAAUCAACGGUGCUUUCAACAUUGGAGCCAUGAUCCGAUGGCUGGACUUCAACGACUGCUGGCUCGCAGCUGAGUGGGGUCACCCCUCAGACAACCUGGGAGCCAUCCUCGCUGUGGCAGAUUGGGCAAACAGGUCGAACAAGAACGGCGUCAAGGUGGGCAAUGGCAAGCAGUUCACCAUCCACGACGUGCUCGAGGGCAUGGUCAAGGCACACGAAAUCCAGGGUUGCUUGGCUCUGGAGAACAGCUUCAACAAGGUCGGUCUGGACCACGUCGUCAAUGUCAAGGUCGCCUCCACCGCUGUCGUCUCCAAGAUGCUCGGUUUGAACCCAGAGCAAACCAAGGCUGCCAUCUCCCAAGCCUGGGUUGACGGCCAAUCUCUCCGUACAUACCGCCACACCCCCAACACCAUGUCCCGCAAGUCGUGGGCUGCCGGUGAUGCCUGCCAGCGCGCCGUCGACAUGUGCUUGAAGGUCCUCCGCGGCGAGGGUGGUGUCCCCACCGUCCUCUCCACUCCAGUCUGGGGUUUCUACGACGUCAACUUCGGCGGCAAGAAAUUCGAGUUCCAGCGCCCAUACGGCAGUUACGUGAUGGAGAAUGUCCUCUUCAAGGUCUCCUACCCCGCCGAAUUCCACUCGCAAACCGCCGUCGAAGCCGCCGAGCGUCUCCACCACAAGCUCAAGAAGAUGGGCAAGAGCGCCGAAGAUAUCGAAUCCGUCACCAACCGCACACACGAGGCUUGCAUUCGCAUCAUCGACAAGCAGUUCAAGCCCAUGGACAACUACGCCGAUCGUGACCACUGCGUCCAAUACAUGGCUGCCACCAUGCUUGUUUUCGGCCGCUUGACUGCAGACGACUACACUGACGGUGGUGAGGCUGCUGAGUCGCCGCUCGUCGAAUCUCUCCGCCAGAAGAUCAAAUGUGUGGAAGACCCACAAUUCACCAAGGACUACCAUGACCCAGAGAAGCGAACCAUCUCGAACGCUUUGACCGUGACCUUGAAGGACGGCACGGUCUUGCCAGAGGAGGUCAUCGAGGCACCACUUGGCCACCGACUCCGAAGAGAAGAGGCCAAGCCAAUCAUCUUGGAGAAGUUCAAGAACCACAUUGCACCACACUUCUCUGCGGAACACACAAAGAAGUUGGUCGACCUGGGCAACGACCCUAAGACACUGUACCAGAUGCCUGUGGAUGAGUAUAUGGAUUUGUAUGUCAAGGAUAAGAUCCUGUAGAUUGGAGUAGGAACAAAAGAAUGUCGAGAUCCUGGCCGAGGACUAUCUUGAUGAUUGACGAAAAAGUGGGAUUAUGAGGGAAAAUCCGAAAAACAGAAAAAUAUAAGAAGGGUCAACCAAACGUUCGUGUGCAUGGCCCUCUCUGUUGUUAUUUACCUGUCCCGAAAUGGAAGGAAAAAAUAUGUUCAUAGAUUUGAUAGCAGUCCGUCAAAUUGAUCGACAAGCAAGAACCUGUAUUUCCACCAAGA